CCACCGCAAGUGACACCAAAACCUCCGUCCCGUCCACGCACCCGGCUUCAACUGCUCACGCUCCUCGAUCUCUCAUGGCGACGGCGGCUGGCAGUCGGCCCAGCGGGCCUGUGCUCUCGACACCCAACUGCCGCUCCGCCUCACCCACCCGCGCCAAGCUCGCCCGCGGCGACGCCACCCACUCGCCGGGCAAGUCCGUCAGCGGCUCGUCUCCGUCUUCCACCAGGAGCCGGCAGUCCUGCACGUGCUCCUCGACGAAGACGAACCACCCGGGCUCGCUCCGGUGCAGCCUCCACACGGCGCGCAAGCAGGCGGCCCUCGCCGGCAGCAGCAAGCCCGCCUCCCCGGCGUCCAUCCGCCGUCUGGGCCCGAAGCGAAUGAACAGCCGGCAGUGCGCCCGCAGGGCACUCGCGCCGUCCCCCGCGGCGCAGCAGUCUCAGCACCUGAGGCGCGCGGGCGGGUUAAUCCCCAGGACGAGCAGGCUCUCCGCCAUGUCCACGGCCGGCGAGCGUCCCGGCGACUUUAUCAGCUUGGUUGUGGAAGCUAGUGUAGUUUUUCUUGGUUGGUUGUGGAAGGCGAUAUUUUAUCAGAGGUGGGGGAACCUCGCCCGUGCAAAUUAGACCCCACGAUUCCGACGAGAUUUGUGUAGUUUUUCUUGUUUAGUUGUGGAAAGCAAUACUUUAUCAGUUAUGUUUCCUCGCCGGAAAUCAGCUGCUUGGCAUACCAAAAGUUAUGACCGGUGAGAUGUUUCUCAUCUCUUUAUCAAAU